UUCAUCCAUUUUGAAGAGACGGGGGAGCGGGGGGCUCGUCUGAUCCCGGGGCCCAGAACCGUGGAGUGGCGGAGUUUGAGAAGCCAGCAGCUCGGGGUUCGGCGACAGCGGCCCCAUCGGCCGAAGUUCGGGGGGGGUGGGGCGCCGAGCGCGCGGGGUGGGGGGGGUCCUGGUCUUUGCUUCUGGACUCGGUCCUGUUUCCACAGCGAACAUGUCUCGGCCUGUCAGAAAUAGGAAGGUCGUUGAUUAUUCACAGUUUCAGGAGUCUGAUGAUGCAGAUGAAGAUUAUGGAAGAGAUUCAGGUCCUCCCACCAAGAAAAUCCGAUCAUCUCCUCGAGAAGCUAAAAAUAAGAGGCGGUCUGGAAAGAAUUCACAGGAAGACAGUGAGGACUCGGAAGAAAAAGACGUGAAGACCAAGAAGGAUGAUUCUCAUUCAGCAGAGGACAGUGAAGAUGAAAAAGAUGAUCAUAAAAAUGUGCGCCAGCAGCGGCAGGCAGCAUCUAAAGCAGCUUCUAAACAGAGAGAGAUGCUCAUGGAAGAUGUGGGUAGUGAGGAAGAACAAGAAGAAGAGGAUGAGGCACCAUUCCAGGAGAAUUCCGGCAGUGACGAAGAUUUCCUAAUGGAAGAUGAUGAUGAUAGUGACUAUGGCAGUUCAAAAAAGAAAAACAAAAAGAUGGUUAAGAAGUCCAAACCCGAGAGAAAAGAAAAGAAAAUGCCCAAGCCCAGACUAAAGGCUACAGUGACGCCAAGUCCCGUGAAAGGCAAAGGGAAAGUGGGCCGCCCCACAGCUUCCAAGGCAUCAAAGGAAAAGACUCCUCCUGAAGAAGAAGAGGAGGGGCCCGAAAGCCCUGCGGAGAAGAAGGCUCCGGCCAGCCCCCCGCCUGAGAAGUCCGGAGACGAAGGGUCUGAAGAUGAAGCCCCAUCUGGGGAGGAUUAAAAGUGCUCAUGGUUUGGGAGAGAUUUUAUUAAAAAAGAAAAAAAGGGGGAAGAAAGAGAACCUGCUUAAGAUAGAACAUGGUUUUGGCUAUGGCUUGACUCAUGGGCUUUCAGUGCUUUUUUCUAUUUGUUAAAAAUAAUUUCUCUCUCUCUCUUUCCCCUCUCCUCUCUCUUUCCCUCUUUCUCUUCCUCUCUUUCUCCAGAAAACCAUUGUAUACGGAAGUGUUUAAGUUACCUUUGUGUUUGCUGGUCUUCUCUUUGCCACCACCCCUAUUUCCCAAUGAAAGCCAUGUCAGAUUAAUCACUGGAUUGACUGCUUCAUCCUUUUCUUUUUAAUGGAAGAUAUACCACAUGUGCAAAGCAAUACGAUUUGAGAUGAAGACCAUGGGAACUUCGCUUUGGGCUAAAAUGAUAGCAAGUUGAACAGUAAUCAAAAAACAUAGAUGGAUUUUAGUUAAAAAUAAUUGCUUCUUUCUCUGCUUGGACUUAUAAAAAAUCAAUUGUCCUCUAAUAUGAGUUUAUAUGUCUAUAUACAUAAGUAUAAAUGUCUAAAAGAAAUCACGACUCUAAACUUCCACGGAUGAGUCUGGUAGGAGAUAAAGGUGAAUUCUGAAUUGUUACUAAAAGUACUCCUAUUUUUUACCUUAGUGAGUGGGUAUGGAAUGGUGGGAUACUCAGCCAUGUUUGGGGGGUGGGUUCUCAUUUUGUAUUUCAUCAUUUGUCUCAGAGAGACCUGGAGCCCAUGACCCUUAUAUCCUGCAGUCUUCACGGAGCUUGGAAAGUACAGGGGCUGCCAAAAUUGAAAUCACGCUAGAUUUCAUACUUCAUUCUGUAAUGGGGCAUGUUUUAAAAAUAUGUAUCCUGUUUUUUGGAUAAAAUUUUACUAAGGAUAAGAGAAAGAGGGGGAACCCUAGGAUUUAAAUGGCAAGAUGGAUCUACACAUCACAGUGGGUUUUUCAAACUGACAAUGUUUAGGUUUUACACAAAUACAAGUUCCAAUUAAUGUGAAACUCAGUCACAAAGGGUUGGGAUUUUUCCUUUAUGAAAACAAUUGAAAUUCUUUUAUGCUGUAAAUGUGCAUUCAGAUCCCAUGAACCAUGCUCUUUUUAUUUCGGGAUAGAACAUUUUCCUUUUUACACCCAGGUCUUCUAAUUUCUUUGUAGAACCGUGCUAUGAGAUGCAUCUGUCCGCUUCCUGCUGCUGCAUAGAACACUGCUUCGCACAUGAAUCCAGUGCCCAGCAGCUCUGCUCUAGGACGCUUCCGGGCUCUGUUCUCCAUGCCCUGGCGGGAGGAGAGGUGUCUUAAAUGCCGCUUUCACAUUAAUUUGGUCUGACCCCCGCUUAUUUCUCGUGUUUCUUAGGGCAGGAGACUGAGACUCAACUGGACUAGAGAACCCAUGUGUUUUUAGGAGGCCCGUUUGCCUCUGUCAACAGGCUUCGUCCACGCCUUAGGAGAAUAAGUCGAGAGAGACCCGAAGGUUUGAUCCUUUGCACCCUGACACUGUGCUGGUGGGAGCAAAGUUUAAGGGUCCUCGUAGGUUAAUAAAUUGGAAAGUUAGUGAAAUUUAACUUCUGCCUUUUUUCUGCCUUUUAAUCUAGAUUUGCUUCCUCAAUUGUCUAUUUGGUGAUUUUCUUUUUUGUCUUUAAGUGGCAACAUGUUUUCCUCAGACAAUGUGGCUUUCUUGCAGGUAUUCCCAGGACGAAGGGUUAUUUAAGAAACAUUUUUACUCUGGUUUUUAAGACACUUUAAGGAACAUUCUUAACUCUUGAUUUUGUAAAACACCCAGUGUCAGAAUCAUUUCCUUGUUGCUCUGUGUGUUAAAGAACAAAUAAAGAGUGUUUAGCACACAGCCAAAAAAUACAGCACUUGAAUAGACAUACCAGUUGGUUCAUUACCUUACUUGAUGGUUAAAUUUACAGUCGUGAACAUUGUAAUGAGGGUGUUGCUUUAGUUCGGGCGUCCAUUUUUAACAACAAAAAAAUUGCGUUCAUAGAGUAAAAGACCUGUCAGUGUUUCCACCAUGCACUUCUAUUUUAAGUCUUACAUUCCUAGUAAAACUUGGGCUUUUCUUAGGUAUGUUUUAUGCACAUUGAGGGGGGUGCUCUUUUUAAACUUUAGCCGUGUGUGUGCGCGCGCACGCAUGUGUGUGUGUGUGAACAAUCUCUUUAAUACAUUAGUCGGCACUAACAUCUCUGUGACAUAUGCACAUACUUUAGAGGUAAUUGUGUUUUCUUGGCUAUUUGUGUGAUUUGAUUGGGCUUGUUUAGGGACCCUUGUAAAACAAAUACAUUAGAUCAAAAACUGUAUUCUCUAUUUUUUGUAGGCUGGGCAGAAGGACCUGUGUCCCCACAUGAGACAGGCUCCGAAGGACUUCUGUUUUCUCCACUUAACUGAUACUUUAAAACACACUAGUCUUCCCCAAAUCACACAGACAAGUAGGAGGACAGUUGUGUUGAGUCGACUGGAAACAGGUGCUCAGUAGUUAGGCUUGAUAGUGAUGUUUAGAAGCUGAUGGUGACUAGCCAUUGUUACCUCCCUUGGCCAGACUUGCUCCUUUUUUCUAGUGUUCUAUGGUGAAGUGGCAGCAGCACUCACGGUCUGAUUUUGCAGUGCUCAGAAAGUAGGACAUUAACUUUGGAGGUGCUUGUUUAUGUUAUCUGAAGUCUACACUCUGCUAGGGUCACCUCUAACAGAUUUUGGCAGCUAUGCUGACUGACACUACAUUCUAAUGCUUCAGGUUCUUAUGUUCCAGCCUCCCCUCCAGCUAGAAAUGGGUAGUUUCUGUCUGUCUUGUUGGUGACUUGCUGCUGCUGUUGCCAUCCUCACCUCAGACUGGAGUCAGGAGUGGUCCAAAGGGUCCUUACCUUUUAACCUCACUAAUGCUAAUGUGCCCUGUUUUCCGGAACCCUUUCCCCUUGCAUAGCUCCACUCUGUGGUGAUUCCAUAAGGGAAAAUUAAUGGAUUUUCCUCCUUUCGUGAGGAGAUGAGUGGAAAUCUUGAUCUGAAGAAUAGUGUGGUAGUUGAAUUUUCUUGAAGGAGCUUUUGAUAGUGAUUUUUUUUCCCACAACAACCGGUUUGCCCCAGUUUAGUUCUCAGAUUCAGUAUUUCAUGGAACUGGUUCAAAAUAGCAUUUUCUUACAGGUAGCAAAUAAAGAUGAAAACUGAGAUUAUAAUAGGAUUUUUGAUACUCAUGAAUAUGGUCCACUAACCUGAAUUUGACACUUUUUUUUUUUUGGUACCGGGGAUUGAACUCGGGUCCUUGCUCUUUCUGGGCAGAUGGAGGAACCACUGAGCUAAAUCCUCGGCCCUCAAUUUGACACUUUUUAAAAAUAGUUUUCUAUCCAUGAGCAUUCGAAUAACCAGUGGAGUUUUUUAGAGUAUUUGUUGGGAAUGGAAUAGUGCAUUUUUCUUUAAAUUUCAGUUUAAGAGAUGUUUUGAGAGCUAGAAAGGCAAGAGCAGAAUUUAAUAACAGGAGCAAUGGGGAAAGCUUUGUAAAAGAUCAUGUGGCUCCUGUAAAGGCUGAGUGCCAGUUUGAACUGUUCUUUCUUUGCCUACAUCAGCAGUCACAACACCAAAAAGGAAAAAACUCACUUUAAGAUUUUGGAAAGGAAGAAACCUGGGCUGUGGUUGUUACAAUUUAGACUGAGAUACUUAACAAGUAUACACAUCUCCUGCCAAAGAGUGGGGAAAACAAACUGGUUGCUCCCAAGGGUGGAGCACUGUCCACUUCUCCGGGAUGAAGCGGAGGCUAUGUGAAAAUGGAGGGUUGGUUUAUUGUUUGAAUAUUGGGACAUCAAGCAGUCUAUGGCUUAGUUUUUGGUCUCACCUCAUUUUCCCUUUGUCUUAGAUAAAUUCUUACAUGAUUCUGUCUGAAUAUCAAAUCUGUAACCUACACUUUUGUUCAAAGCCUGAUUCACGAAACUCACAGUGGUGCUGACUGUAAUAACUACUACUGGGGAAAAUCCCGAAUACCUGCCUGUUGCCAUGCCAACAGAGCAGCCGAUGGGGGACAUCUGUGGGAGCAUGUGCCAUGUGGCUGGCAGGACGCUGCCGCUGUGCAGUCACUUUGUACAUGGGUGAGGGGUUUUCUAGAUUGUGGGAGGGUUAAAAGGGGCUUUUUUUUCUUUUUUUUGAUGGGGUGUGGAGGUAUAGAACUCAUCUUUGCCCUAAAAUAACAUGUAUAAAAACCCCUGGAGUAUUGUGUGGGUGUGCGUAUGAGUGUGUUUGUAUACGUCUGGCAAUUAAACCUUUGUCUUCUGGAAAUUAGUGAAUUCUCUUCUUCUUUUCCUCCAGAAGUAUUUGUUACAAGAUUUGUAAAUAAGAGCUCUACUUAGUUUGUUUACCAUGAACGUGUUGCAACAAACCUUAUACACCUAAUUCCUGCAAGGUUUAGGAGGGACUAAGACUUCCCAGGUUAAGCAGCAGCCAAGUUCUCAGUAAUUGUUUGCCUUGAUUUGUGUUUUAGACUUUUCAUUUUGCCAGCUUGAAAACUCCCAGUCCUCCUUGAUUUUAGUCCUUAAUCUUUUAUGUUCUGAGCAGGAAGGGUAAAAGGAACCUGCUUAAACAUCUGAAUUAGUCCGUAGCCGAGACCGGGUGACCCUUUCCUUACAUUACAAUGUCGCUGGAUACAUGAUCAGACACCAGAGGGUUGGGCAUUCUUGCAAUACCUUAACAGUGCUGGAAUCUGCAGCAUGGUACUAAGGAAGUUAAAGUUUGAAUGUAACCACUUUAUUUAAAAGGUUUUUCUUUAAUUUAAGUGAAAUAGGGUUGAAGUGAACAUGAUUUUGUUGACCAUGUUCGUGAAUUAUAGAUGCAACAUGCAUUGGUAGAAUUGUGUGAUGGUCUUUUGUGAUACUUAAUUUUUACAUAUCCCAGUCUCUGUAUGUAUCUGCAUAGACAAAGAAAAAACAAACUCCUGCAUUACUUUUGUUGAAGGUUUCCAGGACUGCGUGUCUGCUCCUGAGCUUUGUUUUAAGUAUGUGUAUCCUUUGCUUGUAUUUUGUAUUAAAAAAAUAAGAAAAAGAACCCCUUUAUCGUUGAGCAUGUUGGCACUGUCCCCUUUAUUUUUCUCUUUGGGGACAUUCGAAGCAAGUUAUUCUUUUUCUGUAUCUUUUUUUCUUUUGUAAACUUUUUUCUGUUUUGUUUAAAAAUGGCUUUAUAAAAGGGCUUUUAUAACCCA